CUGCUAGCAUUCACGGGCCGCGUUCCACAUAAGAUGGACACGACAUGGCUGUGCCGCUCAUCGACAGCUGCACCUUCUCGUCUUGCACUCUCAACAUUCCCAGAUCUUAGUCUCAACAUGGCAGACGCAAACGAGAUUGUAGUUGCAAGUCGGGCAGCAGAUAACUUUGUGCCAACCUUUUACAAAGUUUACGACCGUCAACGACAUUUACUGCACCAAAUGUACAAGGACUCUUCAGCCGUGUUGUGGAACGGAAAUCCUCUAGUUGGGCAGCAGAAUGCUUCAGAAUUUUUCCUGAAGCUGCCUGCGACGGAUCACGUUGUGCAUUCCUACGAUAGUCAGCCGGUUAUGGAUCUUGGUCAAAUACUGGUCACAGUCACCGGCACGGUGCGAUAUGGCGAUGACAAACAGUCCAAGCUAUUCUGCCAAAUAUUUGUGCUGAGCCCGGAUACAGCAAAUCCCACCAAAGGAACAUAUUUUGUCAGUUCGGACCACUUUAGAUUUGUAUAAUUACCAUAACAAGACCCGUUUCCCACGCUGUACAUAUAACUUAUCAUAAGCUGCCAUACUCAAUAGUUAUCUUUGAAUCUUGUGCGUAUUGUG